ACAUGCGUCGCCAACUGGUAAACGGACAGUGACCCUUGUAGCCGUUCCAGUCACCAUGGAAAAAGAAACCCCCGCUAAAAAAGCUGCAGCCCCUUCUGUCUCUCAAAUCAAUGCAGAAUACGUCACGCAGCUAGCAAAUAGAUAUUGGGCUCCUCAUGCUAAGAACAAACUUCCCUUUGAUCCUAAGGUGUUGGAGGAUGUUUACGAGAGGGAAAUUCUUAAGUCUAAAUUUGCCAUCAGAAAAAUCAUGCUGCUCGAGUUCAGCCAGUACCUUGAGAACUACCUGUGGGUGAACUACACUCCUGAGGUGUCCAGCAAUGCCUACCUCAUGUCAAUUUGCUGCAUUGUCAAUGAAAAGUUCAGAGAGAAUGUCCCUGCUUGGGAGGUAUUCAAAAAGGAGCCAAACCAUUUCCCAUUCUUCUUCAAGUGUGUAAUGGAGGCUGUACUUGCAGGAGAGAAGGUUGGCUUCACUCUGAAAGAGCAAACCGUCCUGCUAGUCUUCCUAGACCACUGCUUCAACAGUCUGGAGGUGGAUUUGAUCAGAGACCAGGUGCAGCAGCUCAUCUCUCUACCUAUGUGGAUGUGCCUCCUACCAUCCAGACUCCAGCUUGAGCUCAAGAAAGUUCCAAAGUUACAGAAAUUCUGGAAUCUAAUUAAGAAGAAAUUUGACAAGAUGGAUGCUGAGGAGGCCGGACAGGCUAAAAAAGAGAGAAAUUUCCUCUCAGCUCUCAUUGAAAAGUUUCUUGGAGUUCUGAUGUCCAUUCCUCCAUCAGGUGCUGUAUCCAUGGAUAAGGUGCAUUAUUGUGAGAGGUUCAUUGAACUCAUGAUUGACCUGGAGGCCCUGCUACCCACCAGGCGAUGGUUCAACACAGUGCUAGAUGAUGCUCACUUAGUGGUCAGCUGCCACUUGUCUAAUCUCACCCAGAGAGAGAAGGAGGGACAUCUGUUCUGUCAGUUGCUGGACAUGCUGAAAUUCUACACAGGCUUUGAGAUAAAUGACCAGACAGGCAACGCCCUGACAGAGAAAGAGAUGACUAACCUGCACUAUGACAGAAUCACUUCACUACAGAGAGCCGCCUUUGCCCAUUUCCCAGAGCUGCAUGACUUUGCCCUGUCCAACGUAGCAGCAGUGGACACACGGGACUCCCUGACCAAACAUUUUGGACAUCUCAGUCCCAACACACUCCACCAGGUGGCCUCGUAUCUAUGUCUGUUGCCAGAGCUGGCUGAGGAGCAGAACACUACACAUGAGAAGGAGGUUCUCCUUGAGCUGCUGGUGUCCCGUCAUGAGCGGAGAAUCUCUCAGAUUGAGCAACUUAACCAGAUGCCCCUUUAUCCAACGGAGAAGAUUAUCUGGGAUGAGAACAUCGUCCCGACAGAGUAUUACUCAGGCGAAGGUUGUCUGGCCUUGCCCAAGCUGAACCUCCAGUUUCUGACCCUCCAUGACUACCUGCUGAGAAAUUUUAACUUAUUCCGUCUGGAGUCAACUUAUGAGAUCAGACAGGACAUAGAGGAUGUGGUAUCACGAAUGAAACCAUGGCAAUCAGAAUAUGGGGGAGUGGUUUUUGGUGGCUGGGCCCGAAUGGCUCAGACCAUCACUUCCUUCUCCAUAGUAGAGGUGGCCAAGCCCAACAUAGGAGAAAACUGGCCCGCCCGUGUCCGUGCUGAUGUCACUAUCAACCUUAAUGUACGAGACCACAUUAAACACGAAUGGGAAGGGCUGAGGAAACAUGACGUUUGCUUUCUGAUCACAGUACGCCCCAACCUGCCCUAUGGCACACGCUUCGACCGGCGCCAGCCCUUCCUGGAGCAGACUGGCCUGGUGUAUGUGAGAGGCUGCGAGGUGCAGGGCAUGCUAGAUGACAAGGGACGCGUCAUUGAGGAAGGUCCUGAACCGAAGCCGAAGCUGCGGGGAGACUCCAGAACAUUCCGUGUAUGGCUGGAUCCUAACCAGUACCAGCAGGACAUGACAAACAGCAUCCAGAACAGCACAGAAGACCCCUACGAGACCUUCAACAUCAUCAUGAGGCGCAAACCCAAGGAAAAUAACUUCAAGGCAGUAUUGGAGACCAUCCGAAACCUUAUGAACACAGAAUGUGUCGUCCCAGAUUGGCUUCAUGACAUCAUUCUUGGCUACGGUGACCCGGGGAGUGCCCAUUACUCCAAAAUGCCAAAUCAGAUCUCCACGCUGGACUUCAAUGAUACAUUCUUGUCUCUGGACCACUUACGCUCUUGUUUCCCAGGUUACACAGUCAAGGUCACCGAGGAGAAUCCCAAACUGCAAGUCCCCCCUUUCAGAAUCAAAUUCCCUGUCCAGAAAACAACAGACAAAGGGAGAAAGAGGAAAGCUGAUGAGGAUGAAGAAGAUAAAGAGGAAGACCAAACUUUGAUUGUUGAACCCCAUGUCACUCUCAACCGUGGGCCAUACCCUUACAACCAGCCCAAACGGAACACAAUUCAGUUUACUCCUACUCAGAUAGAAGCCAUACGAGCUGGGAUGCAGCCGGGGCUUACUAUGGUUGUGGGUCCACCAGGCACAGGGAAAACGGAUGUUGCUGUCCAAAUUAUCUCCAACCUUUAUCACAACUUUCCUGAGCAGAGGACCCUUAUUGUCACACACUCAAACCAGGCUCUGAAUCAACUGUUUGAGAAGAUUAUGGCCUUAGACAUUGACGAGCGCCACCUCCUGCGUCUCGGCCACGGAGAGGAGGAGCUGGAAACUGAAAAGGACUUCAGCAGGUAUGGCAGAGUAAACUAUGUCCUAGCCAGGAGGCUGGAGCUGCUUAGAGAGGUGGGGAGACUACAGGAGAGCUUGGAUGUCCCUGGAGAUGUCUCCUACACAUGCGAGACUGCAGGACACUUCCACCUCUACCAGGUGAUGUCUCGCUGGGAGGAGUACAUGAGCAAGGUCAGACCCAAGCAGGGCAAGCAGGUGGAGGUGGAGGCUGUUGCCAUACAUUUCCCAUUCCACAAGUACUUCUCCAAUGCCCCUCAGCCCAUAUUCAAGGGCCGCUCAUAUGAUGAGGACGUGGACAUUGCAGAGGGCUGCUACCGCCACAUCAAGAAGAUUUUCACCCAGCUGGAGGAGUUCAGGGCCUUUGAGCUGCUGAGGAGUGGACUGGACCGCUCCAAGUACCUGCUGGUGAAGGAGGCCAAAAUCAUUGCUAUGACCUGCACUCACGCCGCACUCAAACGCCACGACUUGGUGGAGCUGGGAUUCAAGUAUGACAACAUCCUAAUGGAAGAAGCCGCACAAAUUCUGGAGAUUGAGACCUUCAUCCCUCUGCUGUUACAGAAUCCAGAGGAUGGCUACAGCAGGCUGAAGCGCUGGAUUAUGAUUGGAGACCACCACCAGCUGCCCCCUGUCAUUAAGAACAUGGCCUUCCAGAAGUACUCCAACAUGGAGCAGUCCCUCUUCACACGUUUUGUGCGCCUCGGAGUGCCCACCGUUGAUCUCGACGCACAGGGUCGUGCUCGUGCUAGCUUGUGUAACCUUUAUAACUGGCGCUACAAACAGCUGGGGAACCUGCCUCAUGUACAGAUGCUGCCCCAGUUCCAGGUCCCCAACCCAGGCCUGACGUUUGACUUCCAGCUGAUCAAUGUGGAGGACUUCAAUGGAGUAGGAGAAUCUGAGCCAAAUCCUUAUUUCUACCAGAACCUGGCAGAAGCGGAGUAUUCUGUGGCACUGUACAUGUACAUGCGUGUACUGGGCUAUCCUGCUGAUCGCAUCAGCAUCCUCACCACCUACAACGGACAGAAGCAUUUGAUCAGAGACGUCAUCAACCAGCGCUGUGCUGGCAACCCUUUCUUUGGCCAGCCUAAUAAGGUGACGACAGUGGACAGGUUCCAGGGUCAGCAAAAUGACUACAUCAUCCUCUCGCUGGUCCGCACGAAAGCGGUGGGACACCUGAGGGAUGUAAGACGUCUGGUGGUAGCCAUGUCCAGAGCCAGACUGGGUCUCUACAUCUUUGCCCGGGUGUCUCUUUUCCAGAACUGUUUUGAGUUGACUCCUGCCUUCAACCAACUCACUGCCAGACCACUGCAGCUGCACAUCAGACCACACGAGUACUACAGCCAGGAACAGCCUAGAGAAGCUUGUGACCAGCCAGAUAAGGUGAUCAAGAACAUGCCAGAGAUGGCCAACCUGGUAUACAAUAUUUACAUGCACAUGAUGCAGACUACUCAGCAGUACAGACAGCAACAGCAGAAGCUGGCUCUACCCCCAAAACAGACCAACACAGAGGCUGUAGUCCAGGAUGCAACGAUGAGCUCUGGGGAGCAGAAGGAGGAUGAGAAGAAGAAGGGGGGGGAGGAGGAGGAAACCCCCAUGGAACAGGAAACCCAAGAUGGCAAGCCAAACUCUGAGCCAGAAUGCAGAGCAGAGAAGGAAGAAAACCAGGAGAGGGAGGAACAUGCCAAGAUGCCAGAGCAUCCCGGCAGAGACAGCGACAGUGAUGGGGAGGACAGUGGGGCAGAGCAGGAGCCAUAGAGCACGCCCUCUUUUUGCUCAUCGAGGACCACUUUCUUAUUAAAUGGUUUUAAUUAUGGGGAACAUAUUAAACUGGACUGUCUCUAAGAGGUAGAGAUGUGUGUAGUUUCAAUGAAUCUAUGAAGAUGUCUUUUGUUUUCUACUAAAGCUAUGAAGAUGAAAAUUCUCAUGGGUGUCAUUUGAGUCAACGUUUUUAACUUUUUUGUAAUCAAUUGUACUUUUCAUUAAAAAAGGAAACACCAUCCAACGCUGAUAUAAUACU